CAGGCUCAGACCCUCCGUGUUACGGCCUUACACCCAGCCUGCCAUUCCACCGCAGGAAGACGACCAGCCAGGGGGCGGAGCCAGAGGACAUUUCUCCUGUUGGCUCUUUCCGCCCGUCCUUCCUUCCUCUUCCGGUGUCGGCGGUUCCAGGUAUGGCUGCUGCUCUGUCUAUGGCCGAUUUGUAUGAGACUUUUAAUCCGCAUCCAUCCUUGGGAGGGUCUGUCCGCCGAACACAGGGGGGCACACGGGGUGUUAGCUGGGCUCAGUGUGCGGGCAGUGAGCGCUAUAUUGCCCGAGUGUAGACCCGGGAGAGCUGAUUGUUUAAGGUCGAUUUACGCCGGCCCGGCAGCGGUAACAUUGCACGGCUGCUGCUAGCAUGGCGCCGGGAGGGAGGGAGGGAGGGAGAGAGAGAGAGAGAAUGGGCAAUAUACCCCAAUAUAGAGUGUGCUUGCUUUCAGUGGAAAUAAACAUAAUCCAAGUAAAGUGACUCACUGGAGCGGUGAGAGUGGUGUAGUUGUAUUAUAGGCUUCAUAGUUACACAUUGGGCUUGGGUUUAUCAUUAAAUAUCCAGGGCAAUCUGUGCAGGCCUGAAUAAAUCUGAUGGCAAAGCUGUAUUAUUCCUAGUUGGGAGGUUGUGACUCUUGUGUUGCUUUAUCAAACUCUGAUACAGUCUUGGAGGUUUCUCUAUUUCAUUCCCACUUCGUGUAAUCUAAACAUUCAGCUCUAGAUUUAAAAUGCUUACUGUGAUAUAUAGGAUCUAAACAUAGCAUGUUUUAUUCUGUUUGCCACUGAAUAUUCUAAGAGUACUGCUGAUAAAAAUGCCCUUGUUCUUCAGUGCAUAAAUCAAGUGUGGUACUGUUAAAAGUUACACGUUGUCAUGAUACACUAAUAAAACUACAUAAGGGGGGAGCAAAUGUAUAGGAUAUUUCAGUAUGUUAUGUAUUUGAAUGUCUCUGAUACUAUACAUUUUUUUUUUUUUUAACUCCAUAGUUAUAUUUGAGCUGGAAGUGUUGGAUUAAAAAAAACUAUAUAUAUAUAUAUAUAUAUAUAUUAUUUUUUUUAUUAAGGUUUGUACUCCAAAACUCCUGUUUUGGGCUGGAGAUGACAACUCAUCAUUUACAGUUUUGAUCAUAUAAAUGGCCCAGGAGUGUGUAAUCCUGUAUUCCACAGUGUAGGAGUUAAAGAUAUAAACAAAUCCCGAAAUGGAAUUUAAAGAGGGUCUUUUGCCAAAGAGAGAGAGGAAUCAUUUACAUACUUUGAUUGCAAAAAAAGAGUAACUGUCACGAACUUUAGGUGAACAGUUUUCCUAAAACCUUUCAAUUUUUCUUGAUGAGCAAUUUUAUCAGUCAUCCUCGCGUUUUGAAACGAAAUUGGCAAGACCCUGCAAUACUUAUAUGGGUACCGCCAUCUGGGAUCAUACAACAGACUUGAGUCUGUAGUGACAGCUUAGUCUUUACUUCUAAGAUCAGUAAAAAAAAAUAUAUAUAUAUAUAUCAUUCAGAUGGAUAAUUCAGUCCACAGACAAGUAGUGUAAAACUGUUGAUACCUCCUGUACGUACUUCCUCUCGUGCAUUAUAAUAAUUUUGGAUGUGUAUAUACUAAUUAGAAAUGUCAUUAACCAAGAUAUAAUUCAUCUCCAGAUCUAAAAAUGGUUCAGCGCCUGACAUACCGUCGUAGGUUGUCCUACAACACAACCUCCAACAAGACCAGACUGUGAGUGUUUUUUUUUUUUCUUUUCUUUUUCUUUAAAGGUUCAUAUUGCUACUAUUCGUGAUUCAAAUUCUUGUUUUGCUUUGUUUGUUUUUUCUAUAUAUGUGUAUCUUUCUCUUUGCAGGUCUCGAACACCAGGUAACAGAAUUGUUUACCUAUAUACCAAGAAAGUUGGCAAGGCACCAAAAUCAGCAUGUGGUAUAUGCCCAGGCAGACUCCGUGGUGUGAGUAUUUUGAAUGUUUGCACCUAUGUUUCGGUGGUAACAAAUAUGUGAAACUUGGUUUGCAAAAUCAGAUUUGUCUAAAAAUUAGUUUUUCAUGUUUGCCACAGUUUUGUGUACAUGUGCUAUUUUUUAUUUGUAAAACUGCUACUCCAUUCAUCUACAUUGGUGCUCAUAAUGCACCAAAAUGAUCUUUCGAUGCUUUUUGUUUCUCUUGCAUUUUUUGUCUUUGACGAAUUUACCACUCGUUACAUUCUGAGAAUUAGACAAAUGAAUAAUACUAUUAGUGGAAAAAUAUCCAUUCACGAGUUGAAGUAUUUGUUUUCUUACUAUAUAAAGAAAAACUUUAAUAUUGUGAAAGCUGCUUAUGUCAUGGGAAACCUGCUUAAAAAAAAAAAAAAAAAGUGUUUUUACAUUUCUUUUGAUAAAUUGAAACGGGCAAAUUGGAACAGAAACCUAAAAUGUUGCAAUAAGAAAGGAAAAUUGCAAGAAAGUGUGAAAAAUAUGAUUUAAUUAUUUACCCACAUUUUUAAAUCAUGGACUAUUAAUAAUAUUGUGCAACCAUGAGUUUCUGACCGUUAUUUGUAAAGCCAUUCUUUGUUGAACAUUGUAAUAUUACAGAUGUGAGUCUCUAUGAUCACACUUCUGGAAUGUGUGUUUGUGUAUAUAUAUAAUAUUGUAUGUAUAUGUGUGUGUGUGUGUAUACGCACACAGUGUACACCUAUUAUGUAUACAGGGUAUAGUGGUAGUUUGUCUCCUGCAGUGGGUGCACCCAUCUUUGAACAGCCAACCACAAGGCCUGUACAUGGCAUUAGGACACCAUGUUUAUUUUUAAGUGCAACAUCACAUUCCACUUAUUGCAGAAAUGUGUUAUCGCGUAAACUCACAUAUGUAACAUUACUAUAAUUGACUUUAUGCCUACAAUUACACUACUACUUAUAUUCUAUCCCAGAUGAGAUCAGGGACUGCUUAUUUUGCUGUUACUAUUUGGUUGGAGAACCAUAUUUGCUUUGUGUUGCCUCAGUUUAAUUUUCCUAAAUAUGUUUGAAUGUUGUCAAUAAUACAGCAUAUUUUGCACCCAGUUCAAACUGCUCACAUUUCCAAUUUGCUAUGGAAUGUGUAUAUACUUUUUUUUGGGUAUUGUCAUCUUUUAAGCUUGUUGAUAUUGGUAAACACCAAAUAACAAAACAAAUGUAAUUAGGUGCCCAACGUUCUGUGCAGUACCUUUUUGACAUCAGUAGUUGGUAUGCUGUACCCAGCUGGAAAAUAAAUUUUGCAUCCAUGACUGUUUUAAAUAAAUUUUUUAAUUUGUCAGUCUUGUAAAAAAAAAAAAAAAGUUAAGGAAUAAACAUUUUUGUAAAUGCAUAUUUAGGUCAUUUUAUGUUGGACACAAUCCGGAGCAUAUUUUCUGGUUGCCUCAAAUUUUAACGUCUUCUAUGCUUGUUUGUAAUCGUAAGAAUGUGUCUUUAUGACGCCAUGGGAGACGGAGAGAUGAGCAGUGCUAAAGGAGCAUUAUAGAGUUAUUACAACUUUGUAUUCCUAGCGCUAUAGUCUUUUGUUAAGAUUUAUAGGUCAUGAUUUGCAUUCAACAUAGCAAACAAAAUAUCUGGUCAUAUAUGCAGGUGCAAAGAGAGAAUGGGUUUUUAGCAUGUUCUUCUUAUUCUAUUUUAGAUUCGUGCAGUCAGACCUAAAGUGCUCAUGAGACUCUCCAAAACAAAGAAGCACGUCAGCAGAGCAUAUGGUGGAUCCAUGUGUGCAAAAUGUGUUCGUGACAGGUAUGUUUUAUUCACUCAAGGAAAAUGCUAGUACUUGGGGGUUGCAAUGUUUUGCUUUGCUCCUCAGUUUUUGAGGGCAGCAUUUGUCAAUGUGGCCCUUAAGCAUUUUAUAAGUGUGUAUUUACAGUUUAGUAUUUUUGCCAAAUUUAUGGUCUGUGAACAAAAAACUGCAUAAAUGUGUUUUUUACAUUGCAGUCUUUUUGGACUGACCAAGUGAAACAUGGUCACAUAAUGUAGAAACCUCCAUAGGGAGAGCAUUAGAUUGGACAUCAUCUGUGGAGGUCAUGCCUCCCCCAUGAUGUUGCAGGAGGUGAAGAGGUAAGCGGCGCCAAGGAAGCCUCGGCACUCAAAGGGUAGGACAUUUUUAUUUUAUUGCGUAGGAGGAGGAGUACCCCUAAGUGUAGAUUUGUAUGCCCAUUGCUAUAGUAUUCCUUUUAAGCCAGGGGUGCACAAAAGGUAGAUCCCCAGAUGUUUACAGACUACAGCUUCCAAAAUGCUUUGGCAUUUUAGAGGCACACAAAGCAUCAUGGGAGUUGUGGUUCUACAACAUCUGGGGAACUACGUUUUGGGCAUCCCUGCUUUGAGCCUUCCAUAAAUCCAGACUAUGGACCAUGUCGACACAAGUGACUGUUGCAAUAACUAUUUAGUAACUUGGCUUUUAUAUUCAAAUACAUAGAUUUCACGUUUUAACAAGUUGCACGACUCACUCUAGACAUUCCUCAAGAGGAAACUGGUAUAUGUGGUUUUUGGUUGUACUUCAUGCAAACAAGCACUCAACUAGUGAUUUCCACUUCAAAUACUUCCCAAAAUUUGGUCAAAGAGUUUGAUCUGAAAAAUGGGGCAAUCGUCAAAGAAACCAGGAUCAGCAGAAAUUUCCCAUUAAAGAUAACUCCACUGUUAAAGGCUCACUAUUGUGUCAGCAAAACAAAGUGGUUUUCCUGACACUAUAGUGCCCCCACCUUCAGGGUCCCCCUCCCGUGGAAGCUUACCUUAAUCCAGCGCUGGUGACCUCUCCUCCCCCGUCCGAUGUCAGCGGAGCUGAAUGCGCAUGCGCAGGCAUUCAACAUAUCCAUAGGAAAGCAUUUCUUAAUGCUUUUCUAUGGAUGCUCUGCGGGAUGGAGGCAUAAUAUGCCUCGAGCGUCGCAGACGCGCCUCUAGAGGCUGGCCUAACUCCAAAUGUAAACAUAGCAGUUUCAUCUGAAGGGUUAAAACCUGAGGGACCUGGCACCCAGACCACGUCAUUGAGCUGAAGUGGUCUGGGUGACUAUAGUGUCCCUUUAAGAACAGGACACUUUGAUCAAUCUCACCAUUGGGUUUUGUGUGUAUAUGUAUAAUUUUUUAAUUAAUUUUUGGUAAAUCUUGUGAAGUGCGUAUAUGUAACAGUCUGAUGUUCAAUCAGAAUGUGCUCAACUCAUGAAUCCUAUCAUAAGGCUUCAAAUGCUUGUUGAUGGAAUUAUACCAGAAGGAUUUGCUGUUUAGUGUGGUAAUGCAACUUAACCGUUCUUUUUCUAAUUUGUAAUAUUGCAAUACAAUUAAAUUUUUCCCAGGAUCAAGAGGGCAUUCCUUAUUGAGGAGCAGAAGAUUGUGGUGAAAGUGCUGAAGGCUCAAGCACAGAGCCAGAAGACAAAGUAAAAUCUGCAUUGCCUACAUCACAAUAAACUUGUUCCACUUGUAGUUUGCCUGGCAUCUCAUUUAUAAAACAAAUGCACAACUGUACAUUUCAUGAAG